UCACUCACUCAACUUCCCACAGUGAUUCCGAUCGGUCGUGUGAAAGAAGUGAGGAAGUGUUUUGUUGACCAAAUCGAAAAUGUCGGCCGAGACGAACAAAGGACCUGUUCUGGGAAUGCGACAUGUCCAGGCCCUACUGAUCUUCCUCAACAUAACUACAAUAUUCAUAGGUCGCCUUAAUGUGGGAGUGUCUGUGGUGGCAAUGACCAAUGCGGAAACCACGAACCCGGACUUUCCGGAAUACGACUGGACGGAGGCGGAGAAGUCGUACAUAUUCUCCAGUUUCUUUUGGGGCUACAUCUUCACCCAGUUUCUAGGCGGUUAUCUGUGCAAGAGCUUUGGAGUCAAGAGUGUAAUGUUCUGGGGUGUCUUCGGAUCUGGUGUCUGCAGUGCUUUGACCCCGCUCUUCAUCGGAUUUGGCGAAUGGAAGGCCUACUGCGGAAUUCGAGUACUCAUGGGAUUGGCCCAGGGAGUGAUCUUCCCCUGCAUUCAUCAGCACCUGGCCAAAUGGUCACCUCCGGCGGAAAGAAAUCGGCUGGGGGCUCUCAGUCACAGUGGAAUGGAGUGCGGCAAUGUGAGUGCAAUGUUUCUGAGCGGAAUGAUAGCCAAAAGUGCCAUUGGCUGGCCAGGAAUAUCGUACGUCUCCGCGGGAUUGGCCUUCGCCUGGUGUGCCUUUUGGUUCAUCUUCGCUGCCAACAAUGCAGUGGAAUCUCGUUACAUAGGCGAGGCAGAGCUGCACUAUAUUGAAUCAUCCCUGAAGCACAGUGAGAAUCAUCACAAGACCGUCAUUCCUGUUCCCUGGAUGGCGAUUUUUACCUCGGCACCAUUUCUUGCUCUAACAGUUGUGCGAUGUUGCGCGACCUGGGGUCUGAGUACCCUGCAGGCUCAGAUCCCAACCUAUAUGAACGGCGUUCUGGGCAUGGACAUGAAAAGCAAUGCAUUCUUUUCGGCGUUACCAUUUUUGGCUAUGUGGAUUAUGUCGUAUGUGUACCUGAUAACGGCCGAUGUUUUGCUGGCCGGUAACAGACUUAGUUUGACGGCCCUCAGAAAGACUUUCAACUCGUUGGCCUUCUGGAUUCCUAGUGCGACAUUGAUUGGAAUCGGAUUUCUGGAUAUGGACCAGAAGAACCUGGCCAUUGCUUUGAUGACCAUAAGUGUCGGUGUCAACAGUGGAGCAACAAUUGGUUCCUCCAUCAACACCAUAGAUUUAUCCCCGAAUCAUGCGAGUAUUCUUAUGGGAAUCGUGAAUACAGUUGUAACUGUAGUGCCGAUAGUAACCCCUCUGGUUGUUGGAGUUAUUGUUCAUGAAGACAAUAACCGUGCUGAGUGGCAGAUAGUGUUUAUAAUCGCGGCAGUACUCCUCUUUAUCGGAAACUGCGUGUUCUUGUGUUUUGGAACGGCUGUUUCCCAGCCCUGGGAUGCUGAAGACUACCUCACAGUUAAGGAACCAAAACUAACUAUAACUCCAUCUAUCCAUGAAACUGGUAAAGGUAUUGACGGCUCUCCCAAGAAGUCCUUGAUGUAG